AUGGAGAGCCGGGAUCUGGACACAGAUAAUGUGACCCCACCCUCAGAAAACCGUAAAGUCCAGAUGAAGAGAUCAGACUCACCAGAACCCAGCUGUGUCUCCAUGAAGAGCGAUGAGUCUAUGGAUGUUCCCUGGACCUUUAAAACUGGAAACCUGUCACCUGGACACAGUGAAGGCCAGAUGAAGAGAUCAGACUCACCAGAACCCAGCUGUGUCUCCAUGAAGAGCGAUCGGUGUAUGGAUGUUCCCUGGGACUUUAAAACUGGAAACCCGUCACCUGGGCACAGUGUUUUACAGAAGGCAGGAGACAGAAGAGAAAAGAUCUUCAUCACAGAUACAGGACACGCCCCAGAAUCUCCUGCUGUAAAUGAAUUCCAGAAAAAGUUCAGAUUAAAUCUGAGGAAGAAGUUUCAGUGUUUAAAUGGAGUGAUGAUAAAGCCGGGAACGCGAGCGCUCCUGAAUGAGAUCUACACCGAGCUCUACAUCACAGAGGGAGACAGUGGAGACGUCAAUAAAGAACAUGAGGUGAGACGGAUUGAGGCAGCGUCCAGGAGAAAAACAACAGAGGCAACACCAAUCAAAUGCAGCGACAUCUUUAAGCCCUUAUCUGAAGAAGACGAACCCAUCAGAACUGUAGUGACAAAGGGCGUGGCUGGUAUCGGAAAAACAGUCUCUGUGCAGAAGUUCAUUGUGGACUGGGCUGAAGGGAAAGCAAAUCAGGAUGUCCCCCUCAUAUUUCCACUUCCUUUCAGAGAGCUGAAUCUGAUGAAGGACCAAAACCUGAGUCUGAUGGAGCUCCUUCAUGUCUGCUUUAAGGAAACCAGAGAAACAGAAAUGUCCAGGUUGGAAAAGGUUCUGUUCAUUUUUGAUGGAUUGGACGAGUGUCGUUUCCCUCUGGAUUUCCGGAACACAGUGAGUGUGUGUGAUGUAACUGAAUCAGCAUCAGUGCGUGUGCUGCUGAUAAACCUGAUCAAAGGGAAUCUGCUUCCCUCUGCUCUCGUCUGGAUCACCUCCCGACCAGCAGCAGCUGAUCAAAUCCCCUCUGAGUACGUCCAUCGAGUCACAGAGGUACGAGGGUUCAAUGACCCCCAGAAGGAGGAGUACUUCAGGAAGAGGGUCAGUGAUCAGAGCCUGGCCGAGAACAUCAUCACACACCUGAAGUCAUUAAGAAGCCUGUACAUCAUGUGUCACAUCCCAGUCUUCUGCUGGAUUUCAGCCGCUGUCCUCGAGAGAAUGUUGGGUGAAGCAGAGAGUGGAGAGAUCCCCAAGACUCUGACUCAAAUGUACACACACUUCCUCAUCAUUCAGACAAACGUCAUCAGAGAAAAAUACUCAAAGAAGCAGGAGAUUGAUGAAGAAAUGCUGCUCAAACUGGGACAACUGGCUUUUGAGCAGCUGAAGAAAGGCAACCUGAUCUUCUAUGAGGAAGACCUGCGAGGGUGUGGCAUUGAUGUGACAGAAGCAGCAGUGUACUCAGGUGUGUGUACGCAGAUCUUCAGAGAGGAGCCUGGGCUUCACCAGAGUAAAGUGUACUGCUUUGUUCAUCUGAGCAUUCAGGAGCAUCUCGCAGCUCUGUAUGUACAUCUGACCUUCAUGAAGGAAAAGAGAAAUGUUCUUGAUCAGAGUCCGUCCUUUAAGACAAUUUCAGAUGUACACAGGAGGGCUGUAGAUCAGACGUUAAAAUCUGAGACUGGACAUCUGGAUCUGUUCCUCCGCUUUCUUCUGGGUCUCUCACUGGAGUCCAAUCAGAAACUCUUAGGUGCCUUAGUAACACAGACAGGAAGUAACUCCCAGAGCAAAGAGGAAACAGUUAAGUACAUUAAGAAGAAGAUCAGUAGAGAUGAGCUUCCUGCAGAAAAAUCCAUCAAUCUGUUCCACUGUCUGAAUGAACUGGGUGAUGAUUCUCUCGUGGAGGAAAUCCAACGCUACCUGAAAUCUGGGAAACGAAGUGAACUCUCUCCUUCACAGUGGUCUGCUCUGGUGUUUGUGUUACUGACUUCAGCACAGGAGCUGGAGGAGUUUGAUCUGAGUAAAUAUACCAGGACAAAGAAGAUACCAGAUUGGGUUCUUGUGAAGGUGAUGCCUGUGAUUGCAGCAUCCAGAAAAGCCGUUAUCAGUUGUGAUGGAAUUGAAGGGAGCAGCGCUAAAGCUCUGGUCUCAGCGCUCAACUCAGAAACCUCCAAUCUGAGAGAACUGCAUCUGACUGUGAGGACACUGGAUCUGACUGGGAAUAAACUAGAAGACUCAGGAGUGAAGCGUCUCUGCACUGGACUGGAGAAUCCUCACUGUAAAGUGGAGAGACUGGGGUUGUGGCAGUGUGGUGUCUCAGAUGAAGGCUGUGCUGCUCUGAGUUCAGCUCUGAGAUCAAACCCCUCACACCUGAGAGAACUGAAUCUGUCCUUUAAUAAUCUGGGAGACUCAGGAGUGAAGCGUCUCUCUGCUGUACUGGAGAAUCCUCACUGUAAACUGGAGAUACUGGGGUUGUGGCGGUGUGGUGUCUCAGAUGAAGGCUGUGCUGCUCUGAGUUCAGCUCUGAGAUCAAACCCCUCACACCUGAGAGAACUGAAUCUGUCUGGGAAUAAUCUCAGAGACUCAGGAGUGAAGCGUCUCUCUGCUGGACUGGAGAAUCCUCACUGUAAACUGGAGAAACUGAGGUUGGGGCGGUGUGGUGUCUCAGAUGAAGGCUGUGCUGCUCUCGCUUCAGCUCUGAGAUCAAACCCCUCACACCUGAGAUACCUGGAUCUGUCUGGGAAUGAAAUCGGAGACUCAGGAAAGAAUCUGCUCUCUGCUCUUAAGGAUGAUAAACAUUACAAACUACAGACACUGAGGUUUUGAUGAACAUCUGUGUGUGUGUGUGAUGAAGACUCGUGUUCCUGCAGUUCCAUGUUGGAAAUGAGCUCUUUAUUAGGAACAACUUGUGACCUGCAUGAAACUGCUUACAGUACUCUGCACAAUUUAUCAGUCAAAUCCAUUCCAAAGAAAUAAAAA